UGUUUAGUUACAAAGUAGUUAAAUACUUUCAAAUUAACAAUCCAAGACACUAUCUCAUAUCAUGCUUUGUCAUUAUUAUAACUUUUGGCAUUUCAUUUACUUUCGGUUAGAAAUUAUUGAUUUUAUGAAAUUUUGGGAAGUGUUAAUAUAUGACUAAAAGUUCUUACUUGUUAGUGAAAUGGGGUUGGUGAGUUGAAGUUUUGUAGCCAGGGAAUGGCCACCAUAUUGUUUAAGAUUGACAUCUGGUUAGUGAAUGAUUGUUGUAGCAUAAUGAACUCUAAUAUUCAUUACAAUUUUAUAAUAGUGUUAGUGGUGCAACAUGGAGAAAAAUAUGAUGGGCUCUUGAAGGUGCUUCCACCAUUGAAGAUAGUGUAAGCUACGUGUAAGCAACUUUGAUGCUAAUUCAACUAGUAUAAAAGCCCAUGAAUGUGUGCAGUAUUCAUAUAUUUUUUGGCAAGGAAACAAAGAACUUGAAUAAAAUGGCAGCUACAAUGAAAAACAUUCUCCUUUUUGGGUUUGCUGUGAUUCUUGUGAUUGCCGGGUUAGGUGAAGUGAAUGGAGCUGGCGAGUGUGGGAAAGCUAACCCUGAUAUGGAAGCGUUCAAGCUCGCUCCUUGUGCUUCGGCUGCAACUGAUGAGAACGCUUCGGUUUCCUCCAGUUGCUGUGCUGCAGUGAAGAAAUUGGGCCAAAACCCAAAAUGCUUGUGUGCGGUUAUGCUGUCUAACACUGCCAAAAGUUCUGGUGUGAAGCCUGAGAUUGCAAUGACGAUUCCAAAACGAUGCAAUAUAGCUGAUCGUCCUGUUGGUUACAAGUGUGGAGCUUAUACAUUGCCUUGAAAGCUACCAAGAUCCAUGGAAGUUAUGUGAUAUUCACAAGUUGUACCAGUGACUUUGAGAUGUAUCUUAGCUGGUACUUUCUAGCUAAGGUUUUCUGCUCAUGUGUUUAGCAAAUAAAUUACUGGUAGCUAGUUUGAUUCUGUCUUGAAUAACUUCCAUCAUGUUGUUUAGUGUCUUUUGUUAAUGGGUGGUUGUUCUUAUCUGGUAUUGACUUUUAUAUAGUCGGCAGUUAUGUAACUUGAAAAAGGAAUGCAGUUUGCCGUUUGGAUUUAAUUAAGAUAUGUUUUGCUA